AGGCGGCCCCGAGCGGGAGCGGACGCGCCCCAGGCCUGCGCGAGUGAGCGUGCCGCGGGCCCCGGCCGCUCGGCCCUCCUUCCCGUCGUGCUCCCUUGCCUCUGGGACGCGGGGCGCUAGGCCGCGGCGAAUAUCAGAGGAUGUUUGUUCCAAGAUCUCUAAAAAUCAAGAGGAAUGCUAAUGAUGACAGCAAAAGUUGUGCAGCUAAGAAAAUUAAAUCAGAUGCAGAAGACCUUCAGCUGGAUGAAGGCAGAGAUGAUUCAACUGAUGCUUUAGUUACAAAAGAAGCCACGACGUCAGACAGGCCCAGCACAGAACCAUGCCCUUUCCCCAGCACAGCUGGCCAGUUGGCUGAGGUUUGUUUGGUUGGACCUGAGCAGGACGCAAAGGAUAGCGAUCUUUCUGAAGAGCCUGUAAAGUCAUUUUCCAAAACACAGCGCUGGGCAGAACCUGGAGAACCUGUCUGUGUUGUUUGUGGUCGUUACGGAGAGUAUAUAUGUGAUAAGACAGACGAAGAUGUGUGUAGUUUGGAGUGUAAAGCCAAACAUCUUCUACAAGUAAAGGAAAAGGAAGAGAGAUUAAAACUCAGCAGUCCUCAGAAAGCUGAUUCUGAGCCCGAGGCUCCACUUAAUGCUUUUUAUGUCUAUAAAGAGCACCCCUUUAUUUUGAACCUUCAGGAAGACCAGAUUGAAAAUCUUAAACGGCAGCUAGGAAUUGUAGUUCAAGGGCAAGAUGUCACCAGACCUAUUAUUGACUUCGAGCAUUGUGGUUUCCCUGAGGCCUUAAAUCUCAACUUGAAGAAAUCGGGCUAUGAAGUUCCAACCCCCAUCCAAAUGCAGAUGAUUCCUGUAGGACUCCUGGGAAGAGACAUUCUGGCCAGUGCGGAUACUGGCUCAGGAAAAACAGCCGCUUUUCUUCUUCCUGUUAUCACUCGAGCUUUAUGUGAGAGCAAAACUCCAUCUGCACUCAUUCUUACGCCAACAAGAGAAUUAGCCAUUCAGAUAGAGAGCCAAGCUAAAGAAUUGAUGAGUGGUCUGCCACGCAUGAAAACUGUGCUUCUGGUAGGGGGCUUACCCUUACCUCCACAGCUUUAUCGUUUGCGACAACAUGUUAAGGUUAUCAUUGCAACUCCUGGGCGACUUCUGGAUAUAAUAAAACAGAGCUCUGUAGAACUCCGUGGUAUAAAAAUUGUAGUAGUAGAUGAAGCUGAUACCAUGUUAAAGAUGGGCUUUCAACAGCAAGUGCUUGACAUUUUGGAAAACGUUCCUAAUGAUUGUCAGACCAUUUUGGUUUCAGCUACAAUUCCAGCUAGCAUAGAACAACUAGGAAGCCAGCUUCUGCAUAAUCCUGUGAGAAUUAUCACUGGGGAAAAGAACCUGCCUUGUUCCAGUGUGCGCCAGAUUAUUUUGUGGGUAGAAGAACCAGCCAAAAAGAAAAAAUUGUUUGAAAUCUUAAAUGAUAGGAAACUCUUCAAGCCUCCAGUGUUAGUAUUUGUGGACUGCAAGCUGGGAGCAGAUCUGCUGAGUGAGGCAGUGCAGAAAAUCACUGGUCUAAAAAGUGUGUCUAUACAUUCGGAGAAGUCACAAACAGAAAGGAAAAACAUUUUGAAGGGAUUACUUGAAGGAGACUAUGAAGUUGUGGUGAGCACCGGAGUCCUGGGACGAGGCCUGGACUUGAUCAGUGUCAGGCUGGUUGUCAAUUUCGAUAUGCCUUCAAGUAUGGAUGAGUACGUGCAUCAGGUUGGAAGAGUGGGGAGAUUAGGUCAAAAUGGAACAGCGAUUACUUUCAUCAAUAACAAUUCAAAAAGACUCUUCUGGGAUAUUGCAAAAAGAGUAAAACCCACAGGAUCCAUUCUUCCCCCACAGUUACUAAACUCCCCUUACCUUCACGACCAGAAAAGAAAGGAACAACAGAAAGAUAAACAGACACAGAAUGAUCUGGUUACAGGUGCUAAUCUUAUGGACAUUAUUAGAAAACAUGAUAAAAGUAAUUCUCAAAAAUGACUUGUUAUACCACUGAACAAUUUUUUAUUGUGUAUGUUGUCCAUGAAAUUUCUGUAUCUUAUUACUGUAUGGUUUGAAUCAAUGGGACAUGUACAUGAAGCAAAAAAAAUUUAACAUAAUUUAAAUUUUUUUAAAUUGAGUAUCAGAUUUAUACCACCGUAUUAUAUUUAUUUCCCUUUAGCUCUCAUAAAUUAAAAAAAAAUCGGAAAAUGAAUUGCUAAAUAAAAUAAAAUUUUUUCUGUCUAGACAAAGCCUUUUUUUUCCCCCCAAUACUCUUGGAGCUGCUGUCAGAGCCAGACACCUGCACAGCGAGCAGUCAGACUCAGAAUGGUGAUAGUUUCGUUUAGUGUCCCCAGUGCGCUGCGGGCACAUUG